AUGCCCGACCUGGUCUUGGGGAAUAAAUCAUCUGAAGACAAAUCUGAAGAACAAUCCAAAGACAAAUCCGAAGACCAAUCCGAAGAACCAUCCAAAGACAACUCCGAAGACCAAUCCGAAGGACAAUCUGAAGAACCAUCCGAAGACAAAUCCGAAGAACAAUCCGAAGACAACUCCGACAGGAAAAACUCGGAAGAGCAAAAUUCGUCAAACGAUAAUCAGCAGUCGACACAAGGAGAUUCGAGUAACAACGCGACCUCUAAAAUGGCAGUCGAUCUCCUGUCAGACUUAUCUAACCUCUUAGGUAUUGGAAGCUCCGGUAGUGAACCCUCCGAAAGAAGCGAAGAUCAACCGUCAGAAGAUGAUAAGGGUGAAACCUCAAAUAAUGAAACGCCAUCAGAAGGUGCUAAUACGUCUUCAGAAGGAAGUGGAACCUCAGCAGACGCAAACGCUCAAGAAGAUACCCCACAAGAACAAAACUGA